AUGGAAAACAGUACCUAUCCCCCCUAUUUUAACCUCACCAUGUUUGUGAACAUGGGCAACUACCGCUACCCAACAUUUGUCUUGUGUCUCCUCUUGUAUGCAGUUAUUAUCUCAGCUAAUCUUGUCAUAAUAGUGGCGAUAUUACGAGAGAAAACGUUACAUGAGCCCAUGUAUAUAUUUAUUAUGUGUCUUUCUGUUAACGCUCUGUACGGCUCUGCUGGCUUCUUCUUCAGAUUUCUGAGAGACCUUCUUUCUGAUACUCAUUUGAUCCCACGGUCAGCUUGUUUAAUUCAGAUCUAUGUCAUUUACACCUAUGCAUCCUAUGAGCUUACCCUUUUAGCAAUUAUGGCCUAUGAUCGGUAUGUUGCUGUAUGUCAACCAUUACACUACCACAGCAAAAUGACCUGCAGGGUGGUCUCCAAAUUGGUAGGCUUUGCAUGGAUCUAUCCAGCCUUUUCUGUUGGAGCCUGUGUUUAUCUGGCCUCCAGACUUCCAUUGUGUGGCAAUAAGAUACCUAAGGUAUUCUGUGCGAAUUGGCCUGUGGUAAAAUUGUCAUGUGUCAAUACUAUGAUUAACAACUUUGUUGGCAUGUUUGUGACCACAAGCACAGUCUUCUUGCCCCUGGCUUUUGUCCUGUAUACAUAUGUACACAUUUUUCUCAUUUGUAGGAAACGCUCUCCAGAGUUCAAGCGCAAAGUCAUACAAAGCUGUCUGCCACACAUUGUUACAUUUGUCAAUUAUUCCAUAACUGUAUUUUGUGAUAUUUUGCUCAGCAGGAUUGAGCUGAAUCCAUUUCUAGCAGUACUUUUAUCACUUGAGUUUGUUGUGAUUCCUCCCAUUGUGAAUCCUCUUGUGUAUGGCCUGAAGUUACCAGAAAUAAGAAAAUGUUUGUUACGUAUGUUACCACUCAGAACCUGUCUAACAAACGUCAGAAAUAAGAGUAGCCUGUGCUGUUUGUAUAAGUAA